AAAUAACCAAAAUGUGCAUUAAAAAUCAGUCAUUUCCUCAGUGCUCUUACAUCUGAAGAAACAUAUUGACUUUUGACUGAGAGAACAGGCAGCAAGAUGGAUGUUCGCAGAUUUUUGAUUGUGUAUUACUUCCUGGCAUUCACCUUUUUCAAAUUGGCAGAUUGCUCUGAGGUGUCCAUUGUUGGAGGCAAAGAUGUUAAAAAACUUCAACCAUGGAUGGUGUCCAUUCAGAUGGACCAGAUCCAUGUGUGUGGAGGAAUCCUGAUUCAAGACCAGUGGGUGUUAACUGCAGCACAUUGCCAACAAAAACCCAUUACAUCGGUGACAGUUCUCGUAGGAUCUCUGUCUCUGAGUAAAGGCACUCAGCGUGUUGGCAUCCUCAGUUACGAAUACCCUAAAACAUUCAGUGUAAAGACUAAACAAGAUGACAUCAUGCUCAUUAAGCUAAGCAAAAAAGUGAAAGCAAAACCUAAAAAAAUCCCUAAAAAGGAACAAAACAUUCCACCUGGAACAAGAUGUGUUGUGACAGGUUGGGGAACUACUAACUCUGAAGUUAGUAAACCUUCUGAUAAACUGCAGAUGUUAGAAGUGACAGUGGUGGACAGGGACCUUUGCAACUGCUACUACAACAGAGAUCCUGUGAUCACCAAAGACAUGCUGUGUGCAGGAAACAAGCAAGAAAACAGAGGCAUCUGUUGGGGAGAUUCCGGUGGACCACUGGACUGUAAGAAAAACAUAGUUGGAGUGGUUUCAGGGUCCAAAAAAUGUGGUAAUCCCAAGCAACCAGCUGUGUACACUUUUCUUUCUGAAAGACAUAUCCGCUGGAUCAAUAACAUACUGAAAAAGCAAUUCAACAGCACAACCUUUUAGGAAGCUAAACAUUUCCAACAUAUAGACUUUUGGUUGUAGUUCAUAUUGCUGUAACAAAAUAAUAAUAAUAACAAUAAUAAUAAGAUUUUGGAAUCCAGUAUUGCAUUAUACAAAUUCAACAAUACAAUUACAAAUACAAAUAGUUUUUCUCUGUGCUUUAUUACUGAUGGACACACUCUUGUAAUGGUUAAACAAAGACCGGAAGAUGACCUACAUUAUCUGGUGAAACUCAUGAAAUGCAAUCAUAUUCCUUUUUAUGGUUUGUUUGCCAACUGAAACAAUUUUAUCCUCAUUUUGAUAGAUGGAAUUUUCAAAACUUCACUAGUUAAUGACUGCGAAUUGGUUAAUUAGUCAUGUUUUCUUUGUUUGGCUUCCGUUACAUUGAACACAUUAUACAUUAACACCAAAGCACAUCAAGUAAACUCCCACUGGCUUUUUAUAAUAUUCUUUGUAUGCAAACACAAUCAGACACUUCCUCGAAAUAAUUCAAAGUGUCAAAAGCAGAAAUCUUUUGGUGAGGACACAAACAAACAAACAAACAAACAAACAAACAAACAAACUUGUUUUUGGUGGUAAACAAGAUGGAAAUCAAUAAAACGGGAUUCAAUGCCUAAUAUACAAUUCUUACACUGUAAAAAAAAAAAUAUUGUAAUUUUAAUGUGAUGACUGUAUAGAUGCUACAGUAAAAACCUGUAAAAUGGUUAUUUCUAAAUUCCCUUACUAUUUGGUGAGAAGCUAAUAAAUCAAACGGGACAUUUCUUGUAAUGCUACUGUAAAGUAGUUACAUUUACAGCUUUUGUAAGUGAAAAAGAUCAAGUCAUCUUGAAAUGAAAAUUAAAUAAAAGUCAAAUCAUCUUCAAAUGAAAAACCA